AUGACUGCAUCUCUUAUUGAUGGAAAGGCUAUUGCCCAAACGAUUCGAAAUGAAGUCAAAGAAAAGAUCCUCUCUAUCAAAGAAAAAUACCCUCACUUCAGCCCUCACUUAGCCAUGAUACAAGUAGGCAAUCGUGAAGACUCUUCAAUCUAUGUCAAAAUGAAAGAUAAGGCCGCCAAAGAGACUGGCAUAUCUAUCACCAUGGAAAAAUUACCAGAAAAUAUUUCUCAAACAGAUCUCUUAAGGAAGGUCAAGCAAUUGAACAACGAUUAUCGCAUUCACGGUAUUUUGGUUCAAAUGCCUCUUCCAAGUCAUAUUAAUGAAGCCGAUGUUAUCGAAGCUAUUGAUUAUCAAAAAGAUGUCGAUGGCUUUCAUGCCGUUAAUAUUGGCAACAUGGCCAAGCGACAAGGGGAACCAUUAUUCUUACCUUGCACGCCAAAGGGCAUCAUUCAUUUGUUGAAAUCAACUGGUGUUGAACUUGCCGGUAAACAAGCUGCUGUCAUUGGACGUAGUGAUAUUGUGGGCUCCCCUGUUGCUACAUUGUUGACUUCUGAAAAUGCUACUGUUACCCUUUGUCACUCUAGAACUCCCAAAGUGGAAGAGAUCGUGAGACAAGCUGAUAUUGUUGUAGCUGCUGCAGGCAAGACGGAACUUGUUAAGGGAGAUUGGAUUAAGCCUGGAGCUGUCAUCAUCGAUGUUGGUACAAAUGCCGUUGAAGACAAAACUAAGAAAUCCGGUAUCCGUUGGGUGGGAGACGUCGAGUUCGCCAAGGCCAAAGAAGUUGCUUCUUUCAUUACACCUGUACCUGGCGGAGUAGGUCCUAUGACCGUUGCUAUGCUUAUGAACAAUACUCUCAUCAGUGCUGAACGUUUCUUAUCUUUGAGUCGUAAGCGUGACAUUGCUCCCCUUCCUUUGGAAUUGAAAGAACCUGUACCUUCAGACAUUGAGAUCGCUAAAGCUCAAAAGCCCAAGCAUAUCGAUGAUCUUUGUAAAGAAAUUGGUUUGAAUGCUAGCGAAUACGAGCUUUAUGGCACAGCAAAAGCUAAGAUCAGCUUGGAUGUGCUCAAGAGACUUGAACAUCGUCAGGACGGUCGCUACAUCGUUGUCACAGGUAUCACACCCACUCCUUUAGGUGAAGGCAAAUCAACCACCACCAUAGGUCUCGUUCAAGCACUUGGUGCUCAUCUCAACAAGUCUGCCUUUGCCUGUGUUCGCCAACCCUCACAAGGGCCCACCUUCGGCAUUAAAGGUGGUGCUGCUGGCGGCGGUUAUUCUCAGGUUAUCCCAAUGGAUGAAUUCAAUCUGCACAUGACAGGUGAUAUUCACGCUGUGACCGCUGCCAACAAUUUGAUGGCCGCUGCUAUUGAUGCCCGUAUAUUCCAUGAAAAUACACAAUCCAACAAGGCUCUCUUCAAUCGUCUAUGCCCCGUGAAGAAGGGUGGCAAGCGAGAAUUCGCGCCCGUGAUGUUGAAACGUUUAGCCAAGCUCGGAAUUCAAAAGACAGACCCUAGUGAGUUAACAGCGGAGGAAAUAGCUCGUUUUGUUCGCUUGGAUGUGGACCCUGCCACCAUUACUUGGCAACGUGGUGUCGAUGUCAAUGAUCGUUUCCUGAGAAAAAUUACUAUUGGACAAGCCCCCACUGAAAAGGGUAUGGAAAGAGUGACAGGCUUUGAUAUUACUGUGGCCAGUGAGGUUAUGGCUGUCUUGGCUCUCGCCACUGAUCUGAAGGAUAUGAGAGAAAGAUUAGGUAAUAUGGUGGUUGCCUCCUCCAAGUCCGGAGAGCCUAUCACAGCGGAUGAUUUUGGUAUUGGCGGCGCCUUGACUGUUUUAAUGAAAGACGCUAUCAAGCCCAAUCUGAUGCAGACCUUGGAAGGUACUCCUACUAUUGUUCAUGCUGGCCCUUUUGCAAACAUUGCUCAUGGUAACUCAUCUGUCUUGGCCGAUAAGAUUGCUUUGAAGUUGGCAGGUUCUGAUGGCGUAGAUAUGGAGCCCGGUUAUGUAAUUACAGAAGCUGGAUUUGGUGCCGACAUGGGUAUGGAGAAGUUCUUUGAUAUCAAAUGCCGUGUCUCCGGCUUGCAGCCUAACGCGGUCAUUAUUGUUGCUACUGUAAGAGCACUCAAGACACAUGGUAAUGGUCCGGAAAUUGUUGCUGGCAAGCCUUUGCCAGAAGCCUACGUUGGGGAAAAUCUCGAAUUAUUAGAAAAAGGCUGUUGCAACUUGACGAAACAUAUUGAGAAUGCUAAGAAGUUUGGUGUACCUGUCAUUGUCGCCAUCAAUCGUUUCACAAGUGAUACUGAUGCUGAAAUGAAGUUGGUUCGUGAGCUUUCAUUGAAGGCUGGUGCGUUUGAUGCUGUUGCUUGUGAUCAUUGGGCUCGUGGUGGUCUCGGCGCCAUCGACUUGGGCCAAGCUGUCAUCAAGGCUUGCGAACAGCCCUCUGAUUUCAAAUUCCUUUAUGAACUCAACUUGCCUAUUGAGAAGAAGAUUGAAACGAUUUGUCGCGAAAUUUAUGGUGCUGACGGUGUGGAGUUCAGUGAUCUGGCCAAGGAGAAGAUUGAAACCUAUACCCGUCAAGGCUUUUCCGGCUUACCCAUCUGCAUGGCCAAGACGCAGUACAGUUUCAGUCACGACCCUGCUCUCAAGGGCGUCCCUACUGGAUUCACUGUCCCUAUUCGCGAUAUUCGUGCCUCGGUUGGUGCAGGCUUCCUUUAUCCUUUGGUCGGUGCUAUGCAAACCAUGCCUGGUCUACCUACUCGUCCUUGUUUCUUUGAUGUUGACUUGGAUGAAAACGGCGAGGUGGUCGGUCUGUUUUAG